AUGCAGCUGAAUGAGACUGGAGUUCAAACACUGGCUCCAGAGCCAUGUGAGCAACAACUGGUGCAGGAGGACAACGCUGGGAACUGUAGCGGAGGUUCCACCGGCAACCUGUCGCUGCACUGCUGGCUGCAGCUACUCACCAAGGAAUCCAUCGUGGAAUUUCAAGGAGACAGCUCGAGUCUAGUGGUGCGCGUGAUGAUAGCAUGUGUCUACUCUGUAGUCUGUGCACUCGGGCUGGUAGGAAACGCACUGGCUCUGUAUCUGCUGCACUCACGCUACAGGCAGAAGCAGUCAUCCAUCAACUGCUUUGUGAUGGGACUGGCUAUCACAGACCUCCAGUUUGUUUUGACUUUACCUUUCUGGGCAGUGGACACGGCCCUGGACUUCCGCUGGCCGUUCGGCCGCGUCAUGUGCAAAAUCAUCAGCUCUGUCACCACCAUGAACAUGUACGCCAGUGUGUUCUUCCUUACAGCGAUGAGCGUGGCACGUUAUUACUCAAUCUCCUCUGCGCUGAAGAUGCACAGCCGGCGGGCGGCGGCCACUAGGGCCAAGUGGACGAGCCUGGGUAUCUGGGCUGUCUCUCUGCUGGCCACUUUGCCUCAUGCCAUCUAUUCCACCAGUGCCCAGGUGUCAGAUGAGGAGCUUUGCCUGGUGCGCUUUCCAGACUCAGGGAGCUGGGAUCCACAGCUUCUUUUGGGUCUGUACCAGCUGCAGAAAGUCCUGCUUGGCUUCCUUCUUCCUCUAAUCAUAAUCACUGUCUGCUACCUGCUGCUACUGCGCUUAAUCCUCAGCCGACGCAUCACAGGUGCAGCGGGCCCAGAGGUUGAGCAGGGCCGUCAAAGUCGUCGCUCCAAAGUGACCAAAUCCAUUGUCAUUGUGGUUCUGUCCUUUUUUCUGUGCUGGCUUCCCAAUCAGGCGCUGACACUAUGGGGAGUGCUCAUAAAGUUUGACCUGGUGCCCUUCAGCAAGGCCUUCUACAAUGCGCAGGCCUACGCCUUCCCCCUGACCGUGUGUUUGGCACACACCAACAGCUGCCUCAACCCUGUGCUCUACUGCCUGGUUCGCCAGGAGUUUCGGGCGGGUCUCAAGGAGCUCCUCCUCCACGCCACACCAUCCUUCAGGAGCCUGACCCAUCUGCUGCGUCGCAAGGCCAAAGUGGCCGAGGCGCCGCCUGCUCUGGUGCUGGUCCAAAUGGAUGUCUGA